GUAUCCAAUAGAGUUUACGUUUGACCACUAUGCUGGUGAAACUACACCAAUAGCGAGGGCUGGUGGGCAUUGGGCGUGUUCCCUCUCUUCAUUUUCCUUGUCACUUCACCAGCGUGGCUGAAGCUGUGUUUGGAAGCUGUUACUGCACCAUUCUACGAGAACAUCAACUUGUGAAGUCGGUCUAGAAUGGACUCUUUGUUGAGUGCAGCUCAGAUCCGUGAGAAGUUCAUCAACUUCUUCCGUCGCCAUGAGCACCAGUAUGUCCACUCGUCGGCCGUGGUGCCCAUGGAUGACCCCACUCUGCUGUUCGCCAACGCCGGCAUGAACCAGUUCAAGCCCAUCUUCCUCAACACCAUAGACCCUUCCCACCCCAUGGCCAGGCUCCGGCGUGCUGCCAACACGCAGAAGUGCAUCCGCGCAGGAGGCAAGCACAAUGACCUGGACGAUGUGGGCAAGGACGUCUACCAUCACACCUUCUUCGAGAUGCUUGGCUCGUGGUCCUUUGGAGACUACUUUAAGAAUCUGGCCUGUGAUAUGGCCCUGGAGCUUCUGACCAAGGAGUUGGGCAUUCCCAUCGAGCGCCUGUAUGUCACUUACUUUGGAGGCUGUGAGGAGGCAGGCCUGGAGCCUGACUUGGAGUGCAAACAGAUCUGGAUCGACCUUGGUGUUGAAGAGGCCCGUAUCCUGCCCGGCAACAUGAAGGACAACUUCUGGGAGAUGGGCGACACGGGCCCGUGCGGCCCCUGCAGUGAGAUCCACUACGACCGCAUCGGAGGCCGGGACGCCUCCCACCUGGUCAACAUGGACGACCCCAACGUCCUGGAGAUCUGGAACCUGGUGUUCAUUCAGUUCAACAGAGAGUCGGAGACGGAGCUGAAGCCUCUGCCCAAGAAGAGCAUUGACACCGGUAUGGGCCUGGAGCGCCUGGUCUCUGUCCUGCAGAACAAGAUGUCCAACUAUGACACUGACCUCUUCGUUCCCUACUUUGAGGCCAUUGAGAAGGGUACGGGGGCCAGAGCCUACACUGGUAAGGUGGGGUCCGAGGAUGAGGACGGUAUUGACAUGGCGUACCGUGUGUUGGCCGACCACGCCCGCACCAUCACCAUCGCCCUGUCUGACGGGGGUAGGCCCGACAACACAGGGAGAGGAUACGUGUUGAGGAGAAUCCUGAGGCGUGCCGUGCGCUACUCCCAUGAGAAGCUGGGUGCGCAGAGAGGCUUCUUCGCCACGCUGGUGGAUGUGGUGGUCAGCUCCCUGGGUGAUGCCUUCCCUGAGCUGAAGAAGGACCCAGACAUGGUGAAGGACAUCAUCAACGAGGAGGAGGUGCAGUUCCUGAAAACGCUCACCAGGGGGCGACGCAUCCUCGAUAGGAAGAUCCAGAGCUUGGGAGACAACAAAACCAUUCCAGGUGACACAGCAUGGCUCCUGUACGACACCUAUGGCUUCCCCCUGGACCUGACUGUUCUUAUCGCUGAGGAGAGGGGCAUGGUCAUCGACCUGCCCUCCUUUGAGGAGGAGAAGAAGGCGGCCCAGUUGAAGUCCCAGGGCAAGGGUUCAGGCGAUGCGGACCACCUCAUGUUGGACAUCUACGCCAUUGAGGAGCUGAGAACCAAGAAUGUACCUGCUACGGACGAUACCCCCAAAUACAAGUAUUCAUCGGACGACCAAGGAAAAUAUGUGUUCGAGCAGCUCAGUGCCACCGUGCUGGCACUGCGGCGCGACCGGGCCUUCUGCCAGGAGGUGGCCGAGGGCCAGCAGUGUGGCGUGGUGCUGGACCGCACGUCCUUCUACGCCGAGCAGGGCGGCCAGAGCUUCGACGAGGGCUUCAUGCUGCGCGACGACGACACCGAAGAUAGGAUGGAGUUCACCGUGAAGAACACGCAGGUCCGGGGGGGCUACGUCCUGCAUGUGGGCACCGUGUACGGAACGCUGAGGGUCGGAGACACCAUCACCCUGCACGUAGACGAGGCGCGCCGCCGGCCCAUCAUGAGCAACCACACCGCCACCCACAUCCUGAACUUCGCCCUGCGGGGGGUGUUGGGCGAGGCCGACCAGCGGGGGUCCCUGGUGGCCGCCGACCGCCUCCGCUUCGACUUCACCGCCAAGGGCGCGCUGAGCACCGGGGAGGUGCGCCGCACGGAGGAGAUGGCCUGCGCCAUGAUCCGGGACGCCAAGCCUGUGUAUGCAAUGAAUGCCACGUUGGCUGAAGCCAAGGCCAUCCAGGGUCUGCGUGCCGUGUUCGACGAGACCUACCCUGACCCGGUGCGAGUGGUCUCCAUUGGGAUCCCGGUGCAGGACCUGCUGGCCGACCCAAACAGUGCAGCCGGCUCCCUGACCUCCAUCGAGUUCUGCGGUGGAACUCACCUGCUAAAUUCGGCACACGCCGCGCCCUUCGUCAUCGUCUCCGAGGAGGCCAUCGCUAAGGGCAUCCGCCGCAUCGUGGGGGUGACCGGGGCCGAGGCGCACAAGGCCCAGAGGAAGGCCGAUGCUCUGCGUCAGUCCCUGUCGGCCCUGGGAGACACCGUGAAGGCCCAGACCGCCCCCAACAAGGACGUGCAGAAGGAGAUCGCUGACAUGACAGAGGCUCUGGGCACCGCAGUGAUCUCCCAGUGGCAGAAGGACGAGAUGAGGGAAGGACUCAAGGGCCUGAAGAAGACCAUGGACGACCUGGAUCGCGCCAGCAAGGCUGACGUCCAGAAGAGAGUGCUGGACAAGACCAAGGAGAUGAUUGACAGCCACCCCAACCAGCCGCUGCUGGUCCUGGAGAUGGAGAGCGGGGCUUCUGCCAAAGCGCUGAACGAGUCUCUGAAGCUGCUGAAGACCCACUCCCCGGAGACCUCCGCCAUGCUGUUCACUGUGGACCCCGACGCAGGGAAGAUCAUCUGCCUCUGCCAAGUCCCACAGAAAGCUGCCAGCCUCGGCCUGAAGGCCAGCGAGUGGGUCCAGGAGCUCUGCCCCCUGCUGGACGGUAAAGGCGGUGGCAAGGACAUGUCCGCCCAGGCCACGGGCAGGAACACGCUCUGUGUGCAGGAGGCCCUGCAGAUGGCCAACGCGUUUGCCCGGCUCAAGCUGGGGGAAAACUAAAGAGUAGGGCCUGCCUGUGGAUAGCAAGGAAGGGAGGUGGAGACGACCACAACAAGGGGUGAUGGAGAGAGCAGAGGGGAAAGAAAGGUAGAGUCCAUGAGCACUAUAGCGAAGGGGCAGUAGUCUGGGGGGGAGGGUCGGGGUUGAAGAGUUCAACCGUGCGUGCGACAGGCACACUGGGAUAGCAGUUCUGUAUCUUGCAUCCCAAGGUAACCUAACUGGAAGGAAUUAAAACUCCUGACAAGAGUGUCCCUCUUCGUAGACCCUUUUUAUUCUUCAGGGCUCUGUUGUGGUAGCACUUUAACAACUAGUUUUUGGUUCUGUUCAUAGGACAAGAAUUGGUUAAUGACGAACGGUUUGGUCCACAAACUGUUGGUCUUACUGGUUUGGGUCACUGUCCUGUUCUCUGUCUAUCGUUCCAUAUCGUCCAGCCAUCUGCAUGUCUGUCUGCGUCUUCUCCCUCUCUUUCCUAAGCGUCUGUCACACUUAACAGGGACUGCAUUCAAGCUGGACAAAGUUUCGGCUUCCCCCACACCCAUUUCUGCUGACCUUUUUCAGACAUGCAAAACAAUUGCAACAUAGAAUUUACAUUACAUGAUUUAUAGACAAAUUGAGCCUUGCCCAGCACAACUGGCAAAAUAUACAUCAUGUCUUUUUAGGUGGAUGCAUAGCAUUCAUUAUAGAUUGCGUUGAAUCAUUGUACUGUCUUGUACUGACCUAUCAUCACUCAAUCGUUCAUUGCAAUUAUCCUGGAUUGAGAGGGAUUUCCGAAAGGGGCUAUGGUAGAAAGGGUUCCUAGGUUUUCUUAUCGGCAGGCUAUGGAUUGAAGGGUACGGCCUGUCUACUUGCGCACACGUCCUCGACCUCUGCUGGGUUUCGUCACCCUGUGACUGGGAUCUGAGCCAAUGUGGCUUUUCCAAAAUGCCAUUACGAUCGCAAGCCAUUCUUUAUCCGUCAAUGUCAAGGGCCAUUGGGAGGCAUUGAAGAAAUUAUGCAUUAAUGUAUGAAAUAAUAAAAUACCACUCAUCAUUGACCAGCCA